AUGGAUACUUUGUCAUCCACUCGUGGCUACAAGGAUAGAGACAGCUACUUUAACGGCAUACAAGAUGCUGACGUAGCCAAGAUGUCGACGCCACUACCGAAGCCGUACCAAAUCAAGUCACCGCUGCUACGCGAAUGCAUGGCCGAGUUUCUCGGCACCAUGGUGCUCAUCAUGUUCGGUGACGGAGUCGUGGCUCAGGUUGUGCUUAGCGAGGGCAGCAGGGGUGACUACUUCAGUAUCAACCUGUGCUGGGGACUUGGCGUUCUCUUUGGCAUCCACGUAUCAGGAGGCAUCUCGGGCGCCCACCUGAAUCCUGCAGUGACGACGACCCUCGCCCUCUUCGGUCGUUUCGAGAGGCGCAAAGUGAUUCCAUAUAUCACCGCGCAGGUAUUGGGAGCUUUCGUAGCUGCCUUUAUUGUGUGGGCCGUCUACAGCCCCAUGAUUCAUAAAAUGGAUCCGAGCAAGCAAUCGACUGGAAGCAUCUUUGCCACGUACCCGUACAGCAGCGACGUUCCGGUUAGUACCUGUUUUUUGACGGAAAUGGUCGGUACGGCUUUGCUAUUGGGAGGUAUCUUUGCUCUGGGUGACCAGUUGAACAAGCCUGCGAGUCCAGACGCCCAGCCUGUAGCUGUGGCUUUGUUGGUGGUGGCAAUCGGUAUGGCGUUCGGCAUGAACUCGGGUUAUGCCAUCAAUCCGGCACGCGACUUUGGCCCGCGACUCUUCUCGUUAUGUGCUGGCUGGGGCUCAAGUGUCUUCACUCUUCGGGACUACUACUUUUGGGUACCGAUUGUAGGCCCCAUUCUAGGUGGCGCGAUUGGUGGCGGUAUAUACGUUGGAAUGGUAGAGCACCACCACCCGUGCGAGAACAAGCACCCGCUCGACACUUAA